ACUCUCUUCUGAGGAAACGAAAUUGAUCUGAGUCUCUCUGUCGUCUGUCUGUGUGAGAGUGAACAACCGUCCAAAUGGCUCAACAGGGAGUUCUGCUGGACCAGGACCAGUUCUGUUGUUCUGUCUGUCUGGAUCUACUGAAGGAGCCGGUCACUACUGCAUGUGGACACACUUACUGUAGAUUCUGUAUUGAGGGCUGCUGGGAUCAGGAUGUUCUGAAAGGGAUCUAUAGCUGUCCUCAGUGCAGAGAGACCUUCACUCCAAGGCCUAAUCUGAGGAAAAAUAACAUGUUGACUGAGAUUGUGGAGAAACUGAGGAAGACAGGACUCCAGGCUGCUCCCCCUCCUGCUCUGUGCUAUGCUGGACCUGGAGAUGUGGUGUGUGAUGUCUGCACUGGGACCAGAAAGCAGAAAGCCCUCAUGUCCUGUCUGGUGUGUCUGGCCUCUUACUGUGAGACUCACCUCCAACCUCACUAUGAAUCUCCUGCUUUCAAGAAGCACAAGCUGGUCAAAGCCACGGCACAACUACAGGAGAAUAUCUGCUCUCAUCAUGACAAACUGCUGGAGGUUUACUGUCGUACCGAUCAGCAGUGUAUCUGUCUGCUGUGUGUGAUGGAUGAACAUAAAGGCCAUGAUACAGUGUCAGCUGAGGCAGAGAGGACUGAGAAACAGAGGCAGCUGGGGAUGAGUCAGCAGAAGGUCCAGCAGAGAUUCCAGGAGAGAGAGAAGGAGCUGAAGGAGCUCCAACAGGCUGUGGAGUCUUUCAAGCGCUCUGCACAGUCAGCAGUGGAGGACAGUGAUCAGAUCUUUACUGAGCUGAUCCGCUCCAUUGAGAGAAGGAGCUCUGAGGUGAAGGAGCUGAUCAGAGCCCAAGAGAAGGCUCAAGUGAGUCAAGCUGAAGGACUCCUGGAGCAACUGAAGCAGGAGAUAGCUGAGCUGAGGAAGAGAAGCACUGAGCUGGAGCAGCUCUCACACACAGAGGAUCACAUCCAUUUCCUCCAGAGGUAUCAGUCUCUCUCCAGUAUCAGUGUAUCUUCAGACUUACCCAGCAUCGUUGUCCGUCCUCUUCAGUACUUUGGAGAUGUGAGUAAGACUGUGUCUGAACUGAGAGAGAAACUAGAAGACUUCCUUAAAGGAGAAUGGACCAAGAUCUCCACUACAGUGAAUAUAGUGGAUGUUGUACUGCCUCCAGAGCCCAAGACCAGAGAACAGUUGUUACAAUAUUCCUGUCAGCUCACACUGGACCCAAACACAGCACACACAGACCUCUCUCUGUCUGAAGGGAACAGAAAGGUGACACGUACAGACCAAGUCCAACCAUAUCCUGACCAUCCAGACAGAUUCACCUACUGGUACCAGUUACAGGUUCUGUGUAGAGAGGGUCUGUCUGGACGCUGUUACUGGGAGGUGGAGAGGACUGGUUAUGUUGUUACAGCAGUCUCAUAUAAAGACAUCAGCAGAACAGGUAAUGAUGGUGGAUUUGGAUACAAUAACAAGUCCUGGAGUUUAGAGUGCUCUAGAGGUGGUUAUUGUUUCAGACACAAUAAUGUUGUGACUAAAGUAUCAGGCCCUCAGUCCUCCAGAGUAGGAGUGUACCUGGAUCACAAGGCAGGUACUCUGUCCUUCUACAGUGUCUCUGACACAAUGACCCUCCUCCACAGAGUCCAGACCACAUUCACUCAGCCCCUCUAUCCUGGGUUUUGGCUCUAUGGUUAUGCUGAGCUGGUUAAACUGUAGUAGGGUCCACAUAGAUACUAGUCAUGCUGGUGUAGUCUAUAGCUGAGCUGGUUAAACUGUAGUAGGGUCCACAUAGAUACUAGUCAUGCUGGUGUAGUCUAUAGCUGAGCUGGUUAAACUGUAGUAGGGUCCACAUAGAUACUAGUCAUGCUGGUGUAGUCUAUAGCUGAGCUGGUUAAACUGUAGUAGGGUCCACAUAGAUACUAGUCAUGCUGGUGUAGUCUAUAGCUGAGCUGGUUAAACUGUAGUAGGGUCCACAUAGAUACUAGUCAUGCUGGUGUAGUCUAUAGCUGAGCUGGUUAAACUGUAGUAGGGUCCACAUAGAUACUAGUCAUGCUGGUGUAGUCUAUAGCUGAGCUGGUUAAACUGUAGUAGGGUCCACAUAGAUACUAGUCAUGCUGGUGUAGUCUAUAGCUGAGCUGGUUAAACUGUAGUAGGGUCCACAUAGAUACUAGUCAUGCUGGUGUAGUCUAUAGCUGAGCUGGUUAAACUGUUGUAGGGUCCACAUAGAUACUAGUCAUGCUGGUGUAGUCUAUAGCUGAGCUGGUUAAACUGUAGUAGGGUCCACAUAGAUACUAGUCAUGUUGGUGUAGUCUAUAGCUGAGCUGGUUAAACUGUAAACUGAUUUGUUAUUAAUUAAAAUUCAAUACAAUGUUUUAAUCUUGUACAUUUCCAUGAAUCAUGAUGUCUGGUGUUGAUGUAUAUUGGUUGUCAUUCAGAACCAUUGAUAUGUUUUCUCAGUUGGUUCUCUGUCUCUAUGUAAUUCUCCUCAGUAUCAUUGAUCAGCUUGUUGGCUCGGUCCUAAUUGAUGUGUUCUCUGUCACCUGGAGCUGCAUGGAAAAUGGUCCAGGAACUAAAGGACAAUUCAGGACUAGUCAGCCCACUACAAGCUGGUAUCACUUACUUUCUACUAAACUAUAUGGUCUGGUUUCCCAGACACAGAUGAAUCCUAGUCCUGGACUAAACAGUAUGUUCAAUGUAGAUGUCCAGGAAACCGGCCCUAAAUGUGUCAUCUUUCAUCCUCCCAUACUGCUCAGUCCAGCAACAUUAAACCUGUCCAGCAGGUGGUGCUGUUGACCAAACAAUAAAACCAGCAGAUAUCUUGACUUGCCACUCAGUAUAUCAGUAAUGUUCAGAAUAGUACUUUAAUAUCAUUGGAGAUUGAUGGUCUUUUUAAUCCACUAUCCAGAGUCAGGAACAGAUGAAGUUAGGUCUGCUACUGUUCAGUGAUUAAAUAUGAUUUAUGGUGAUGGGAAAUAAUAAAAAACACUCAACUUCA